GUUUCCUCUGAAUCACAGUGGAAACCAGUGAAGUGAUGAGCCAAGACCUCAAGCGAGACUACGUCGUUUCGGAGGAGAUCGGCCGGGGAAGAUUCGGCACCGUUUUCCGCUGCUCCUCCGCAGACUCCGGUCACUCCUACGCCGUCAAAUCCAUCGACAAGGUGGCAAUAACCGCCGCCGGAGACUCCCUCGACGCGCAAUGCCUAUUGACGGAGCCCAAGAUCGUUCAGCUUCUCUCCCCUCACCCUCACAUCGUAAACCUCCACGAUCUCUACGAAGACGAAACCAACCUUCACAUGGUUCUCGACCUCUGUUACGAAUCGCAGUUUCACCACCGCGUCAUGUCCGAACCAGAAGCCGCUUCGGUGAUGUGGCAACUCAUGCAAGCCGUGGCGCACUGCCACCGCCUCGGCGUCGCGCACCGAGACGUGAAACCCGAUAACAUUCUCUUCGAUGAGGAGAAUCGGCUCAAAUUAGCCGAUUUCGGCUCGGCUGACACUUUUAAGGAGGGCGAGCCGAUGAGCGGGGUGGUUGGGACGCCGCAUUACGUGGCGCCGGAGGUCCUCGCCGGAAGGGAUUACAACGAGAAGGUCGACGUGUGGAGCGCCGGCGUCGUUUUGUAUCAAAUGUUGGCAGGGUUUCUGCCGUUUCGAGGCGAUUCUCCCGUGGAGAUUUUCGAGGCCGUGCUUCGCGCCAAUUUGAGGUUUCCGACUCGUGUUUUUUGCUCCGUCUCACCCGCGGCCAAGGAUCUUCUUCGUAGGAUGCUGUGUAAAGAGGUUUCUAGAAGGUUCUCCGCAGAACAAGUCCUAAGGCACCCAUGGUUUAGCGUUGCUGAACAGAGUGAGUAAUCUUAUGUGCGUGGAGGUGGUUGAUCUCUCUGUAUAUACUACUGCACCCUACUAUGCCUUUUGGGGGACAGAGAUGAAUUUUAUAUUCUCUGACUAAGGUUGAAGAAAACCCCCUUUUUCCCCUUUGGCUUGAGGAUUCGGCAGAGUAUAGAGUACAGAGGAGUGUGUAAAGAAACGCAACUUGGAGGUUGGGUUGUUCUUUUCUUUGUUAUUGUUUUUUUUUUUUUAAUGUAUGUUGUGUUUUGAAAUAACUUGCCAUUUGGCAACUCUAGUUAGAAACAAUGUUUGAUGUAUAAGUAUUAGUGUAUAACUUGAAUGUUCUCUUUUUCAUGAAUCCAAAAAGCUGUUGGUUUGUUGCAA